CACGCCGUCCGCGCUCCGCCCCCCGCUCCUGCUCCCGGCGCCGCCACCUCGGCCCGGCGCGGGCAGGCGCGCGCGGCGCAGCCAUGGAGCCGGAGUGCCGGGUGCUUUCCAUCCAGAGCCACGUCGUCCGCGGCUACGUGGGCAACAAGGCGGCCACCUUCCCCCUGCAGGUUUUGGGAUUUGAAGUUGACACAGUGAACUCUGUCCAGUUUUCAAACCACACAGGCUAUGCCCACUGGAAGGGUCAGGUGCUGAAUUCAGAUGAGCUGCAUGAACUCUACGAAGGGCUGAAGCUGAACAAGGUCAACCGCUACGAUUAUGUGCUCACAGGGUAUACAAGAGACACAUCAUUUCUGGCAAUGGUGGUGGAUAUUGUCCAGGAGUUGAAGCAACAGAAUUCCAACCUCGUGUAUGUGUGUGAUCCAGUGAUGGGUGACAAGUGGAAUGGAGAAGGCUCUAUGUAUGUGCCCAAGGAUCUCCUGCCAGUCUACAGGGACAAAGUUGUACCUGUUGCAGAUAUAAUCACUCCUAACCAGUUUGAAGCUGAGUUACUCACAGGCAGGAAGAUUUACACAGAAAAAGAUGCACUGGAGGUAAUGGAUAUGCUCCAUGCCAUGGGACCAGAGACUGUGGUGAUCACAAGCUCAGAUCUACAGGCACCUCUGGGAAAUGACUACCUGAUUGCUCUGGGAAGCCACCAAAAAACUAAAGCAGAUGGUACCAGGAUAACACAGAGAAUUCGAGUGGAGUCUCCCAAAGUGGAUGCUGUCUUUGUGGGAACAGGAGACUUGUUUGCUGCUAUGCUUCUGGCAUGGACACACAAGCACCCAAACAAUUUGAAGGUGGCAUGUGAAAAGACUGUGUCAGCAAUGCAGCAUGUUCUGCAAAGGACCAUUAAGAGUGCAAAAGUGCAAGCUGGAGAAGGAAACAAACCAAACUCAGCCCAGCUGGAACUGAGAAUGGUCCAAAGCAAAAAGGACAUAGAAAACCCAGAGAUCAUAGUGAAAGCCACCGUGUUAUAAAGGCUCCACGUCUCCAAUAACGCACAAUGUAUCGAUGUCCUCAUUUCUUUCCUGUAAAUUGUAAUAUUUGCCUUAGAUCUGUGACAGAAACCUGACUUUCAUGAAAUAGUGCCCAGCAUAGGCAGAUAUCCACUCUCAAACAUAUGUGCUGGCCUUGCUCAGUUUUAAAUCCAGAACAGUUAGUGUGCAUUGAAGCAUAUUCCCAGGUAUCCCAAUGUCUGUCAGAUUCACUUAGUCUGUGUGAUUACCCAGGGCAAAAGAGCAAUGUUCCUGCCUUGCCAAAGACUGUAGAUGUGAAUUUGCAAAUGGAAUGCUUGACUGACUGGAAAAUGUAUUUCAAGAUGGCAUCUAGUGCCAAUGGAGCUGGCUCCAUGCUCCCUUUUCCUGGAGGUACCUGGUUACCUACCCUGGUAUUCAGUAUCUCAGCUGCUAUGAAACUAAGCAGGGUUAAAGCUACACACACAGUUCUGCUCGUGUGUAGGAGGACUUUGAAGAUGUUUGGCAUGUUCAGUACUCUGAAGUGACCUUGAGGUGUCAUUCAUGUUGCUGAUCUCUGCUCCUGUUUCUUGUCCAUGAACAGCUGCACAGUUUCAGUUGUCUCAGGUCCUGGCUGCUUAUUUCUCAUGUCCAUGGGUGCCCACAUGAUUUUCCUCCAAAAGCUGCACCAGAAACAUCUUCAUCAAUAUCAACGAGAUCAUGCCUUGAUUCAGUACCACUGGUUAGAAGGGUGGCCUCUGAGGCCAGGUUUGAUUUUAACUAAGGGCAAAAGAGAAAGCAGCUCUUACCCUGGAGUUGGCUGCCUUGGUUUGUUCAUUGUGGGUGGAUGUACUUAGAAACUACAUGGGCACUUCCCUUAACAUUAUUGAGCAUUGCUGGCAGCCUCAGCAAUGAAGCAAUGUGGUAAAAGUAGUAUUUUUGGUUUAGUAAAUCUGGUCAGUUACAAGUGUUUACCAAAUGCAGUGAAACAGAAAAAUUAACUUGUUCAUAAAGUCUCUGCAAGCAACACCAAUUAGAGAUUACAGAAAUACAUUAUUAUUUUUAUUAUUAGUGCACAAUUCUGCUUGAUAAGGUAUCAGAAUGGGAAUUUUAAUAAUUUCAGUGUCCUGUGGAUCAUAGCCACAUCCUAAAGCAGCAGGGCAGCUCUGCUGACAGGUAUUGGACACUCACACUUGUGCAGGAUUUCUGUAUGGGAUCCAUGUUCUAGCUUGUCCCAGAAUAAAGUCUAGUGUGGUGUUAAAUCCA